AAGUGGUCGUAUAAUGAGGCAGGGUGUGUGGGAGUUACUGAUCUAUAUUUAAGAGAUGCUACACUUAAAUCUGCACUAUACCUAAUUUAGAAGAAAAAAUAAAAAAGCAAUCAUUGAAACGUGUUACUCACAAACUAGCUCAAAUAUGACACAAGGUUUGAUUUGCUUUAAUAUUGAACCAAGAAAAAAGUAACUCACAUAGAAAAAAGCAUUUGUAGUUCAGAGAUCAUUAGACAUGCAUGCACAUGUUAAACAAAGUGCAUGUUUUAAAUUACUAUUGAUUUAAAAGAUGGCGACAGUUCUAUAAAAAUGAAUGUAUCUUGUAAUACUCUGCCAUUUUUCAAUGACAUUGAUAAAAACUUGAUAUAUAAAGCUUGACAGAUCGGGAAUAUUUUUUGAUAAUUUAUUAUAAGUUUUGAUGUGGUCCAUUUGAGCUAUUGUUGGUGUAAAAUGAAAGAUACGGUUCUUAUCAACACAUUGGACAUACUAUGAAAUUUAAAUGUAAGUCUUUAUUUUGCCCAAAAAUGUUGAAAAUUCCCAAAGUGCUCCUUUAAAUAUAGUAUUUUGUAAGAUUCGACUGUAUUCACAGCAAUUAUUUAGAUUGUGCUCAAAAUUUUCAAUUAUCUUAUGAACAAAGUUUAGGAAGGGUAUAAUAAAAUAUUCUAUCCUUCUGUCAGAAAAACAUAUUUUUGAAAGAAAUAAUCAAGUGAUUGUCCCAUUUGCAGAAGUUCCUGUUUCGAUGAUACUUUCUAACCUUUUCUAACCUUUUAUGCUUUUGAAAAGCUGUUUCCUGUAACCAGAAAAUGAGUAUAAUGAAAUCAAGUAUAAGUAAUAAAUGGAAUAUUAUGAAGGUCACAGUUUUCAUGCUACUGUAUUUAUAGGAAAAAAAAGUUGCCAUGAAUUGUUUUAGUUGAGCUUAAGCAUACAAAAACAAUACAGUGAACAUAUUAAUUGUUAUAAAUCACCCACUUCCCAAAUAAUGCAUUAAAGCAUCAAUUCAAAUAAUAUUUUGAAUAUCAGCCAUAAUUAUUGUAUAAUUCUACAAAAUGAAUGAAUGAUCCCAAGUAAUAGACUCCAUUUGCAAACAUUACAAAUUGGAAAAUUGAUUUAUGUCGGUUGUUUUCAAGUUGAAACAUAUUCACUGAUGCUGAUACUGAUGUUAAGUAUGCAAGAUCACACAAGAGUACUGGAUUUGAACCUGUGGCGGUACAUGUCACCUGUGGUCCUGACCAUUGGAUUGAUUGGCAAUAUCCUAUCGCUACUUGUGAUGAGAUUCAGGAGUAUGAAAUACUCAACAUUGUCACUUUAUCUCUCAGUGUUGGCUGUAUCAGAUAUAGGAGUGCUUCUAUUUGGAUUGGGACCUAACUGGGCAUUUCGUGUACACCAGUUCAACCUAAGAGCUAGCCAUGCCUGGGUUUGUAAGGUUGAUGCAUUAAUUGUACAUUGCUGUAGGGACCUGUCAGCCUGGAUUCUGGUCUGUGUUACCUUAGAGAGACUUGUAAUUGUCUACUUGCCAUUGAGAGCAAAAAUUCUAUUUACGCAUAAAAGGACGAUGUUGACACUGUUACUGUUGAUACUAACACUGGCGCUCAUUAACUGCCAUUUCUUGGUGACCAUGACUGUGAUAGAUAUGCGUAAUGCAAGAGUUGAAUUGAAAUCAAUCCAAAAUGAAACGCUGACUCAAAAUCACACUUUUCAGCUUCAAAGAGAAGGUUUUACACAAAAUGGAACUAGUACCGUACUAUGGGCCACACAUGCAUUAAAUGAAUCUAAAUAUGACUGUGCAAACAUGAAAUAUUCAGACAAUUUCUAUGCCUAUUAUUGGACAUGGAUUGAUGCUUGCAUAGCGUCAUUCGUUCCAUUUAUUUUGAUCUUCAUAUGUAAUAUCUUAAUCGUAUUCCAGCUCAUAAAAGCCAAAAUUAGACGCAACUUAUAUGUCACCAACUCGUUGAGUGAUGAUGCCACAAAGUCAAUGACAGUUACACUGAUCGUCAUAUCGAUUGUUUUCCUUGUACUCACAGCACCGGCUGUUAUAGUGCUUAUUGUGAUUAACCUGAAGAAAAUCAACGAUCCUAGCCAUAUUUUGACUCCUCAUGAUGAUCUUCUGAUCACAAUAGUUUAUAUGCUAGAAUAUUCAAACUGUGCUCUCAAUUUCAUAAUGUACUGUAUAAGUGGAAGGAAGUUCCGAGAAUCACUUGUUAAGUUUUUUCAAUGUAAGAAACCACUGACUUUGCCAGACACAGUGAGUUCAUACAGACUCAGACAACACUAAGAAACAAAAUUGAAACAGACGAUAAUUGGACUUAACAUGAUUAAGAAGUCAAAUAAAUAUAUAUUCUGUACAUGGACACAUGUGGUAUUUCAGCUGUUUCCAGUCUAAAAUAUUCAAAAUGAGCUAUUUGAAAGUGACCUUAGCUUUUAACUUUUGGCAGCCAUCUUGAAAUCUGGUGCCAUAUUGGAUGUUCUCGUAAGCCCCAUUUAAGGAAACCAAUUCAAUGGGUUUAUUUCAAAGAUUGGAAUAUUUGGUAGAACCUUUAGGGAUCUCUAUCUUCUACAAGAACUCACCAAGAUUUCACUGUGACAACUAAAAACUUUUGAUAAAAGUUUUGACAAGCAAAACUAAAUUUGGAUUAAAUACAGAUAGUAAUUGUAAGCAGUAUUUGUAGUACUUCUUCCAGAUACUGUAUCGAGAUUAUCCAGGUAUCCAAGGGUACCAUUUAGUGUUACUAAUUUGAGUCUUCUAUUUUAUACUAGCAUGCUAUAUCUAUCCUAUUCUCUAAUAUGCCUUUUGUAUUGACUGAUUGAUGGAAAAAAAUAAUUGUUCUAUUCAGUACUUAACCAGUCCUAUUUAUGUUACUUUGAUCAAACAAAUUUGUUCUGAAUCAUAAGUAUUGUAAUUGAUCAAUAUGUC